GAGAGUCCAGCAGCCUUGGCUGGGGCUUCAGUGACUUCCUCGUUGUGAGCCUCGGCCCGGCAGUGUCCGGACUGGUAGCCCCGCUGUCCUUACCGGGACCGCUAGCCCGAGUCUAGGUCGCAGCCGCAACCCCAGCCGGUCGGGUCCCCUUUCAGCGCAGGUCCUUUCCCCGCACGCCCCGCGCUCCCUAACAUGCCCAACCCCAGCAGCACCUCCUCUCCCUACCCCCUCCCCGAGGAAAUUAGGAACCUGUUGGCAGAUGUUGAAACAUUUGUAGCAGACGUACUGAGAGGGGAAAAUUUAUCCAAGAAAGCAAAGGAAAAGAGAGACUCCCUUAUUAAGAAGAUAAAAGAUGUAAAGUCUAUCUAUCUUCAGGAACCUCAAGACAAAGGUGAUAUAGAAGAUAGAGAAGAAUAUGAUGACCCUUUUGCUGGGCCUCCAGACACUAUUUCAUUAGCCUCAGAAAGAUAUGAUAAAGAUGAUGAGGCUCCCUCUGAUGGGAACCAGUUCCCUCCAAUUGCAGCACAGGACCUUCCUUUUGUGUUAAAGUCUGGCUACCUUGAAAAACGCAGAAAAGAUCACAGCUUUCUGGGAUUUGAAUGGCAGAAACGGUGGUGUGCUCUCAGUAAAGCAGUGUUCUAUUAUUAUGGAAGUGAUAAAGACAAACAACAGAAGGGUGAAUUUGCAAUAGAAGGCUACAAUGUCAGAAUGAAUAACAAUCUUAGAAAGGAUGGAAAGAAAGAUUGCUGUUUUGAAAUCUCUGCUCCCGAUAAACGUAUCUAUCAGUUCACAGCAGCUUCUCCCAAAGAUGCUGAAGAAUGGGUACAGCAGCUGAAAUUUGUAUUACAAGAUAUGGGGUCUGAUGUUAUUCCUGAGGAUGAUGAUGAAAGAGGAGGAGACUUAUAUGAUGAUGUUGAUAAUCCUCUACCAAUCAGCAGUUCACCAGCAAGCAGCCAGCCAAUUGAUGAUGAAAUUUAUGAAGAACUUCCAGAAGAGGAAGAGGAUGGAGCUCCGCUGAAAGUGGAGGGGCAAAGGAAGAUGAGUCAGGACAGUGUUCACCACACCACAGGAGAUAAAAGCACCGAUUAUGCUAAUUUUUACCAGGGUUUGUGGGACUGCACAGGAGCUCUUUCUGAUGAAUUGUCAUUUAAACGUGGUGAUGUGAUUUACAUUCUUAGCAAGGAAUACAAUAGAUAUGGCUGGUGGGUAGGAGAAAUGAAGGGAGCCAUUGGCUUGGUGCCGAAAGCCUACAUAAUGGAGAUGUAUGAUAUUUGAGAGUCCUGGAGCCAUUGGAAUAGAUUGAAAUCAUCUUGGCAAAAGUGAGACCACUGGAGAUGAAUUUAGUGGAUUGGUUUUCAAAGCCUGAGAGAUUGAAAAGUGAAAGCAGUUGUGGGUUCCACUGAAAAUGUAGACAUCCUUGUGGACACAGGUUUUGUGCUUCUGGCCUAAAUGAAGAUUUUAGUCUUGGGCCAGUAGAUGGCAGCAGCUUUUCAUUGCAUAGGAACCCACUUGGAAACCCCUCCUCCACUCAGGCACAGACUUACUCCAAACGUAAAGUAUUUAGAAGAUUAUUGCCUCUUUUUACAGUUAAUCCAGGAGAGGGAGUCCUUUGCCAACUGAUGCCAGAUAGUCUCUGGAAUGGUGACAGUACAGAAAAAAAGUGUUAACUUUUGUCCAGAGCUCCUCUGGCCUUUGUUCUUUUUCACUUGAAUAUAGGCGGAAGAUGAGAAAGGAAACAAAAAAUUUUUAAUUGGACUGAGAGGAAAAACAAUCAUUACUUUCAACUCAUGACUACUUAGUAUUCAUUUGGUGAAAUCAUCUGUAUACUAGGAGGCAGAAAGUUUUCUUUACACCCUUGACAAUAUAUCACACACUCUUCAAGAACAUAAUAAUAAUCAUUAAUGUGAAUUUAAACAACAUGGCUUGUUAGAAAAUAUGCUAAUUGCUAUGUUCUCAUUAUGAUUGCUUAGCUUUUAUUUGUUUUUCUAUGAAUAGAGAGCUAAUUUUUUUCAAAGGUGAUGGUAAGUCAUAUUUUACAUAGCGUUUUGCUUGAUUAUUUGCUCUGUACUGAAUUUGUACUCUGUUGCCAUUAGAUGUUACAAUAAUGUU